AUGGAAAAUGCGACUGCGACCGCGACCACCAGCCGGAGCUGGUCGCCGUCCCCGUCCCCGUCCCCGUCCACCCUGCUGCGAAGCCGUUCAGAUGGCACAGACAUUACCAGCAUCAGCAACGGCAAUAGCAACAGCAACAACAACAGUAACCACAGCAGCGCUGGCAGUCUCAGAAGCAGCAGAAGCAGCAGCAGUAGCGCAAGCACGAGCCUCAAGCGCAACAUAUCCACCUCUCUCCUUUCGCGUUUAUCAUUUUCGCACGGUGGCCCUGCGAACAUGAGCCAGAGCCAGAGCCAGAGCCAGAGCCAGAAUAAAGUCCCGGACGACGAUGAGGAGGAGGGAGGACACGAUGGGCGGUUUGGACCGGGUGAUGGGAAUGAGUAUAAUAAUAGUGUUGAAGGGUUCGGAAGCGGCGGUGGAGGAGAGAUUGGGAUUGAAGCGGGACGUGGGGGAGCUCUGGCUAACGCGCUGCAGCAGCAGCGGCGCAAAUCGCAGAGGAGGAAAAGGUCGUUGAGGAAGACGACGUUGUUGGGGACGACGGCGUUGAGGAUGGAGGGGAAGGAGGGAAGAGAGAAGAGAGAGAAGAGAGAGAAGGAGAAGAAGGAGACGAUUGGAGGAUGGGGUCGGGGGGGUUCUGUUUCGCCGGGGGCGGGGAUGGUUGUCGAUACUGCUGCUGCUACUACUGCUGCUACUACUACUACUGCUGCUGCUACUACUACUACUAUUACUGCUGCUGCUGCUGCUGCUGCUGCUGCUGCUGCUAUGGGGGAUGGUCGGGGACAAGCGGAAGGGGGGGAGCAAUUCGGCGCUGCUGCUCAUUCUCCGCCGCCGAUUCCACCCCCGCCAUCCCGAACAUGGGUUAGCAAGAGCAAUCUACAGAUACAAUCCCAGCAGCCGCAGCAUUCCGGCACCACGCACUCUGACACAACCAGAGACGAGGACGACAACGACGACACUGAUGCUGACGCUGACGCUGACGCCGAUGCCGAUGCGGACGAGAACGGCAACGACAACGAGAACGAGAACAAGCUCCACUUCCGCUCCACUCCACGCCAAAGCCCUCCGGAAACCCUUCUCACCCGCCUCUCCAGCAACGUCAGCACUGAGACCAACAUAACCACCACAACCAUAGCCACAACUACAACCACAACCUCAACGUCCAGCAGUUUCAACCUAGCCCCAGGACCCCGUCGUAACCUCCACAAAACCCCCACCCCCUUCUCCAGCUCCGACUCCUACUUUCCCCCCCCCCCCAGCGCAAAACUCCGCAUGAAUCCCCCCUCCACCGCAAACAUGCUCGCAACCACCGCAACCAUCCGCUCCCGCAUCGUCUCCCACCGCGUCAAAUCCCCCCUCUCAAGCACAGAUACCUCCGGCGUCCCUAUCAGCAGCCCCGUGGCCUCAGAAAAAUCCCCAACUGCCGUUGCCGUAUCUGCCAUCUCCCCGGACUAUCCCGCCGCUUCUGCCCUAGAGACGGCGACGUCGUGGGACUACGCGGAGACGGAGUGGUGGGGGUGGAUCAUCCUGCUGGUGACGUGGCUGGUGUUCGUGGUGGGGAUGGGCAGUUGUUUCGGUGUCUGGAGCUGGGCGUGGGAUGUCGGGGAGACGCCGUAUGCGCCGCCGGAGCUGGAGGAUGAUGCCACACUGCCGAUUGUGGGAUAUUAUCCGGCGCUUAUCAUUUUGACGGCGGUUAUGGCGUGGGUGUGGGUGGUUGUGGCGUGGGUGGGGAUGAAGUAUUUUCGGCAUGCGAAUAUUUCCGGGGAGGAUUAG